UACUGACCAAUGACAGGAGGCAGAAGGAAUGCUGCUCAUUUGCAUAGGGGAGCUAUAAAUAAAUGGCCCGCGGCCGCUUCCCCCUGCGUUCGCUUUUCUGUUGUCAGCUGGGCGGAAGUUGGUCCCUGAGACGUUCCCGCCGCCAGCAAUGCCCGAACCGGCCAAGUCCGCGCCCGCGCCCAAGAAGGGCUCCAAGAAAGCCGUCACCAAGACGCAGAAGAAGGGCGACAAGAAAAGGAAGAGAGCACGGAAGGAGAGCUACUCGAUCUACGUGUACAAGGUGCUGAAGCAGGUGCACCCCGACACUGGCAUCUCGUCCAAGGCUAUGGGCAUCAUGAACUCCUUCGUCAACGACAUCUUCGAGCGCAUCGCCGGCGAGGCGUCGCGCCUGGCGCACUACAACAAGCGCUCGACCAUCACCUCGCGGGAGAUCCAGACGGCCGUGCGGCUCCUGCUGCCCGGCGAGCUGGCCAAGCACGCCGUCUCCGAGGGCACCAAGGCGGUCACCAAGUACACCAGCUCCAAGUAAGCUGCCUCUGCAGCCCAUGCCAGACCUGCUCGACCCAAAGGCUCUUUUAAGAGCCACCCACCUUUUCAAUAAAAGGGCUGUAUAGUCAUAUAAGGAGGGGUGGGGGGGACAAUUCGAGAUGUUAUUUAGUGUGAUCGUGCUUUAUAGAGUCAUCCGAAGUUACAGUUAAAACUAAUUACAGUAAAAAAAUCCCAGCUAGUUUUGUGUACCAAGAAAUGAAAACUUCUUUUAGAAAAAAAAAGUAUGUGCAAGUAAUGUCUUUAUUGUAAUGGAUUUUUUUUUUUUUUUUCUGUAGGUGAAACUCUUAACCGUUUACUUUUUCACUUUUGUUUUAAAAAUUAUAUAUUUAUUGUACAAUGCAUUCUGAUCAAUGUCCUGUUUCAGUUUCCCUACGGUUUUCAUGUAUCUGCUGCAAAUGUAAGGAAAACUUUUGUGUAGAUUAUUAGCUCUUGAGAGAGAAUUCAAUUUGCUUUAUUGUUAACGGAAGCUCUGUGUACGGUGUUGUAGCUGCUGUAACAACGUCUACUGCUUGAGGGUGCCUCAGUCCGUAUAUAUUUUCAGAGUUGAACUGAAGCAGGUGUCCACAGUGCACUGUAAUGUAGAAACUUAAAUAGUAACAAUUGCUUUCUUGAUAAGCUGUUAAUCACUGUUACUAGCUACCAGCCUCCACAUCUAAAAAAGCAUAUAAUGGUUAAUAAAACACAAGUUUUUUUCUAAAA